UAGACAAAAGAGAAAAGGAGGGUGGUGAUUUUCCUUUUUAACAGCUUCUGUCCUUGUCAGUCCACACUUUACUUCUCCAGCUGUAAACAUGAUGCUGCUGCUGCUGAUCCUACCACUGCUGUCACCACAAAUUGAUGGCCAGUCGCAGCGUGUGGUGGGCCAGAAGAAGAACAGCUCAUGUUUAUGUGAGGUGAACUCCAACUUGUGGUCGUUCCCUGCUGAGCAUUACGGGGCCGUGCUGCAGCAGCUUCAGUCCUGUGACGGAUCUUUGGGCAAACUGCAGGAAAAGGUGGCGUUGUCCAACCAGCAUCUCCCAAAGAUACAAGCUGUGAUUAAGAAUGUGACAGAAAGGCUGGAGCCUUACCAGUAUCUGCACUACCAGGGCUUGUACACAGAACUGUCUCUGCACGUUAUGGGCCAGGAGCUUAGCCAGCUAGAGACAGACAUCGGUGACCUCCACAACCGGUUCAACAACGCCCAAACAGAGAAACUCUCCAAAGAGGUGGGUAAACUGCGUACAGAUAUAGACAAGAGAAAAAAUGCAGACACAAUUAACAUGAAGAGUGUCAAAGAGAAACUGCGAUACUUGAAGAAUCGUGCUGAGUCCUGCAGGUCCAUCCCCAAAGACCACAUAGGUCAGCACAGGUACUGCUUCAAAGGCCUGAUCUCCAACAUUAGUGACCCUGUCAUGACUAAGGUCAAUCCCGAUGGUAAGAGCUAUGUCGCUGGUUCUUGGGGAAAACAGGCCAAAAUGAGGAGGGGUGGGGAGAAGGACGUCUACUGGGUUCAGACUCUGCUCAGCGGCAACAUCCAUGGCAACACCCUGCGUGUAUACGAUACCUACGAAGACUUCAUGACCUCCACCAACAACAGAGACUUUACCAUUGCUCCAUCCUACAGUAACCCCAACACCAUUGAGGGUCCCAGUGCUGUUUUAUACGGCGAAGGAUUGUUUUAUAACUGUUACCGAUCUGCAGAUGUGUGCCGCUACGACCUGAAAGGCAACACCGUCAAGCGGGUGACACUUCCAGGCACCGGCGUGGGUUUCAACAACAAGUUCCCUUAUUGUUACUACGACUGCCGUCUCAAUAGUGACGUGGACGUGGAGGCAGAUGAGACGGGACUAUGGGCCCUAUAUGCCACCCUUGGUAACCAUGGUAAUCUAGUGGUGAGCCGGCUAGUUUGGGACAGUAUGGCUGAGACAAUUAAUGUCACACAGACGUGGGAGACGAACCAGUUCAAGAAGGCAGUGAGCAAUGCUUUCAUGGUGUGCGGUGUGCUCUAUGCCACUCGUUAUGUGGACGAAUACCGCGAGGAGGUGUUCUACGCCUUCGACACAGCAACAGGCAGAGAGGACAACUCACUAGCACUGCCGCUGGAGAAGGUCGCUAAAGGAGUGGCUAGCCUGAGCUAUAACCCCACCAACAAGCAGCUCUACAUGUACAAUGAUGGAUAUCUGCUGGCUUACCAGGCCUCCUUCUGAUCUGUAUUCAGCCAUGUCAAAAAUUUAAAUUGAAUGCCAUGCAAAACCAUUGCAUUUUAUAUGUAGGUCUUUCUUAUGUACAUUCAAAAAAGUUUUAACAUGCAUUUUUUUUCAUGAAAAACGAGUGAAUUAUCUUCAUUGAACCAUGAUCUGUGAGAGUUAAAGAAAACCAUUGCACAAAAUAUUGAUUGAAAAGGUUAGUAAUAUAAGUAAAUGAUGAACCAUAAACAAUGUUUCUUGGGAUUUUUUGGUUUCUGACACUUUUGGAUAAUUAAACAAAUCGACCCAUGAACAAUAAUGCUGUUCCUGAGAAACGAACAUAACAGGAGGGUUAAAACUAUUAACUACUAUGUAUAAUACUAGCAGUAAGGUAUUCCGUAUUGUUAGGAUUUGUUGGACAUAUCACAUACUGUUUGUUGUUUUGAAUGUUUGUAAUGUGACACAUAAUGUUAUAAAGCUAGAAGGUCAAUAAAAGACAAAAAAUAUAAGGAAUAAUAAAUGUCAUGAUUAACUCAAACAACAAUAACAAUAAAAAACAAGGUCAACAUGUUGGAAGUAAAUGAUUCAGAUUUCUUAAUUAA